AUGUCAUUUUCUGGUUGUAGAAACUUUUUCAACCAGUUCUGUAUUGAUGAAUUCCGGGUGAAGAGUGUUACUCAUGGCAGUUUCCUCUCUAGUGAUCUCCUGCCAUCCCUUGGAGCUAGAAUAAACCAGUCAACCAGGCUACGAAAACACAUAAUUUCCCCUUUCAAUCCUUAUUAUAGGGCCUGGGAGAUUUGGCUGGUUGUUCUUGUCAUUUACUCAGCUUGGAUCUGUCCAUUUGAGUUUGCAUUUCUAACUUACAAGAAAGAUGCCCUUUUCAUUUUUGAUAACAUUGUAAAUGGCUUCUUUGCCAUUGAUAUUAUUCUCACCUUCUUCGUAGCAUAUCUUGAUGGCCAAUCAUAUCUUCUUGUUGACAAUCCCAAGAAAAUAGCAAUCAGGUACACAUCAACCUGGUUUAUAUUUGAUGUCUGCUCAACGGCACCAUUUCAGUCUCUCAGCCUCCUCUUAACAAAUCAUAGCAGUGAACUUGGUCUUAGACUUCUCAAUAUGCUUAGACUCUGGCGUCUCAGAAGAGUCAGCUCUCUUUUUGCAAGGUUGAUAACUAAUCCAAACAUGCUUCUUUUUUCCCCCCAAAAAAAUCUGAACUGUUAUAGUGAAAGAAUCACUCACAAGCCAGUUGGCUUUUUUAUCAGACUUGAGAAGGACAUUCGGUUCAACUAUUUCUGGACACGGUGCACAAAGCUCAUUGCUGUAACACUGUUUGCAGUACACUGUGCUGGAUGUUUUAACUAUCUGAUCGCAGAUAGAUACUCUGAUCCAAAGAAAACCUGGAUUGGUGUGGUAAACCCAGAUUUCAAAGAUGAUAGCCUCUGGAACAGAUAUGUAACUGCAAUGUACUGGUCUAUUACAACUCUCACAACAACUGGUUAUGGAGACUUGCAUCCUGAGAACCCCAGGGAGAUGUUGUUUGAUAUAUUUUAUAUGCUAUUCAACUUGGGAUUGACAUCCUACCUCAUUGGAAACAUGACCAACUUAGUGGUUCAGUGGACCAGCUGUACCCGGAAUUUUAGGGAUACAGUUAGAGCUGCUUCAGAAUUUGCUACAAGGAACCAAUUGCCCCCUCACAUACAGAAUCAAAUGUUGUCACACAUAUGCCUGAGGUACAAAACUGAAGGACUAAAGCAGCAAGAAACCUUGAAUGGUCUUCCAAAAGCCAUUCGUUCAAGCAUUGCACACUAUCUCUUCUUUCCCAUCACCCAAAAUGUCUAUCUCUUCCAAGGGGUUUCCCGUGAUUUCCUUUUUCAACUGGUUUCAGAAAUGGAUGCUGAGUAUUUUCCACCAAAGGAAGAUGUUAUUCUGCAGAAUGAAGCCCCGACAGACCUUUAUUUACUGGUCUCAGGAGAAGUGGAAUUCAUAUCCUAUGUAGAUGGGCAAGAUCAAGUCCUAGGAAAGGCAGUUGCAGGAGAAGUAUUCGGAGAGAUUGGAGUUUUAUGUUACAAGCCACAACCCUUCACAGUGAGGACCAUUGAACUUUCUCAAAUUCUACGAAUGAAUAGAACCUCACUAAUCAGCGCCAUCCAAGUAAAUACUGAAGAUGGGCGCAUUAUAAUGAACAAUCUUUUUGAGAAACUGAAACAGCUAGAAAGCAUGGGCUUCAACUACCCAACUACUGAUCCAGGAUUAUUCCUCAACAAAUGGCUGGAUGGAGGAUGGAAGGGAGGGAGCAAUUUACAUGCUGGAUGCCAAGAAUAUCCAAACAGAGAUCCAUCAUUGCAGGAAUUAAGAGACUUAAAUUUCCUGGGAUCAGAAGCUAGAGAGACAAAUGAAACAAACAAAGGUCAAGACCGCACUGUCUAUGCCAUGGGUGUAAAUCAAAAAUUUGAAGAUGGCCAAACAGAACUGCAUUCUGCAGUUCAACAAGGGCAUUUCGAAAUGGUAAAACCUCCGCCGGAAGCAGGGGAAAACGUAAAUAAACUUGAUGCCCGAGGAUGGUCACCAAAAGCUCUAGCGGAACAGCAAGAAGACAGAAAUAUAUAUGACCUCUUAUUAAGUUAUGAAAACAGAAGACCAGAUGAACAUAAGGUAGAGAUCAUUGGACCAGAAAUAGCAGAUAACACCAUAAAUAACAAAAGCAAACAUCAAAGACCAGGGGCAAUCAGUUCUUUAAAUUCUCACUUGAAAAGAGAAGCCAUACACUUCGGUGCAUGCAUUUCUAGUUCAGCUAGUGACAAAGAAGUGAUUAAAUCAAACAAGAAGAGAGUUACUAUUCACAUGAAAAUCCAAAAUACAGGCACAUCUCAGAACCAGCCCAGCAAGUUAAUUGUCCUACCUGCUUCAAUAGAUGAGCUCCUAAGAAUUGCUGGUGAAAAGUUUGGAGGCUACAAAUUCACGAAAGUCAUCAAUGCUGAGAAUGCAGAAAUAGAUGAUACAAGUGUCAUUCGAGAUGGUGAUCAUCUUUUUCUCCUUCAAAACAACUCUGUGAACAUGGAUUAUGAUGUGACAGAAUAUUAUUGAAAGGCAAUGAUGUAAACACGCAGAAAGCUUGUAAUUUUUGGGUCAUCUAUGCCAA